AUGAGGCGCAGCAGCAGCAGCAGCAGCAGCAGCAGCAACAGCAACAGCAGCAGCAGCAGCAACAGCAGCAGCAGCAAAAGCACCAACAACAGCAGCAGCAACAACAGCAACAGCGGCAGCAGCAACAGCAGUAGCACUGCAGCUGAGUCUUCUCAGGCUGCUGCUGCUGCUGCUGCUGCUGCAGCGGAUACAGCAGCAGCAGCAAACCAGGCAGCAACAGCAGCAGCAGCAGCAGCAGCAGCAGAAGACGCAACAAGCAAUACGACUGACACAGGAGAAGCAGCAGCAGCAUCUCCUGCAGCAGCAUCAGCAGCAGCAGCAGCAAAUGAAUGCCUAGCAGCACAAGCUGCUGCUGCAGCGAGCCCGCCCCCAGCAGCAGCAGCAGCAACAGCAGCAACAGCAGCAGCAGCAGCAACAGCAGCGGCAGCAACAGCUUCAGAUGCUGCAGGGGCAAAGUCAAUCAAUUUAGAGGCAGAUGCAGCAGCAGUUGCUGCUGCACUGGAUGAUGCGCCAUCUGCUGCAGAGGCAGCAGCAGAAACAGCAGCAGCAGCAGCAGUGCACUGGAUGAUGCGCCAUCUGCUGCAGAGGCAGCAGCAGAAACAGCAGCAGCAGCAGCAGCAGCAGCAACAGCAGCAGCAGCAGCAGCAGCAGCAAAUAGUUUCAAGGACAGUGCAGCAGAAGCAGUAG